AUGCCUAAUGAACCGCAGAAAACUGUACAGGACGAUGGUUCUUCUGGCAGUUUGGAAGAUAGUAAAACGGUGAGCGUGAAUUUUAUAGGACAAUUUCUUGGACCAAAAGAAGGACUACUGUCGAUGAUGAACAAGAGGACUGCCUAUAAAAUUCCUUUUAAAGCCAAAUCAGACUUCGUGGACAAGCCCAUAUCGAGGGAAGGGCUUGAGGGGUUGUGGAAAAUCCUUCUCCAGCAAGAGCCUGGAAGAACCAAUUUCCUAUUCACCUCGUACGGUGGAAAGAUGGCGGAAAUAUCAGAAUCUGCAAUUCCAUUCCCUCACAGAGCAGGAACCCUGUACAUGAUGUACAUGAGAGUGCGGACUGAUGGAGACACAUCCAAUGCCAUGAAGUGGAUCAGAGGCUUGUACAAGUACUUGACUCCUUAUGUUACCAGCUCUCCCAGAGCUGCAUACGUCAAUUACAAUGAUCUAGACUUGGGAGUGAACAAUCUUCAAGGCCCUACCAGCUACAAGCAGGCCAGUAGAUGGGGCAAGAAAUACUUCAAGGAUAACUUCAAUCGGCUUGUUAGAAUCAAGUCCGUAGUUGAUCCUGGUAACUUCUUCAGGCAUGAGCAGAGUAUUCCUCCUUUCUCUUGA